AUGGCCUCAGCCAACCUGACACCCUCCAACCCCUCCACAUUCCUGCUGCAAGGCAUUCCGGGCCUCGAGGCAUACCAGAAGUGGUUCUCGGUGCCCGUGUGCACCAUCUACGUGGUGGUCAUUGCCGGGAACUGCACCAUCCUCCUGGUCAUUGCGACUGAACCGGCCCUGCACCGGCCCAUGUGCUAUUUCCUCUGCAUGCUGGCUGCCAUCGACUUGGCCGCCUCCAGCUCCGCCUUGCCCAAGAUGCUCUGCAUCUUCUGGUUCCAGAACGGAGAGAUCCAAGCCAGCGCCUGCCUGGCCCAGAUGUUCUUCAUCCAUGCCUUGUGCAUGAUGGAGUCGGCUGUGCUGCUGGCCAUGGCGCUAGACCGGUACGUGGCCAUCUGCUUCCCUCUCAGAUACAGCUCUCUCUUCACUGGGUCACUGGUGGCAAAGAUGGGUAUCGCUGCCAUUGCUAGGGGGUCGUUGCUGAUGGGGCCUUGUCCCUUCUUGAUCAGAAGGUUGUCCUUUUGCCGGACGAAUAUCAUUCAUCACACCUACUGUGAGCACAUGGCUGUGGUAAAGCUGGCCUGUGGGGAUACCAGCAUCAACCGGACUUAUGGGCUGUGCGUGGCUCUGCUGGUCAUCGGCGGGGACUUACUCUUCAUCGGCCUCUCCUACUGCCUGAUUGUCCGUGCAGUCCUGCGGCUCUCUUCCCACGAGGCCAGGCGCAAGGCCUUCAGCACCUGCGGCUCUCACCUCUGUGUCAUCCUCAUCUCUUACAGCCCUGCCCUUUUCUCCUUCUUCACCCACCGCUUUGGCCCCCAUGUGGCCCCCCAUGUUCACAUCACGCUGGCCAACCUCUAUCUCCUCUUCCCUCCCAUGCUGAACCCCAUCGUGUACGGAGUGAGGACCAAGGAAAUCCGGGAACGGGUCAUCAGGGUGUUCCUGCCAGGCAGGGUCACAGCCAAGUCCAGGCCUGGCUGA